UCACUCAACUUUACUCUCCUUUUGGAAAUUGAAUAAUGAGGAGCUCUCAUUCACUAAAGGCUUUAAGAAUUAUCUGGAAGCCGAAGAAUCCUCCACUCCAAUGGAAAAAAAUGAAGAAGAAGAAGACCAAGAGAUAGAAUCAUUUUCAUCUGAUGAUGAAGAGGACAAGGGAGGAGCAGAAAAAUGUAUAAAGCAUUACUCGUCCUCUCAACGAAUCUUGUUGGUGGGUGAAGGAGAUUUCUCCUUCUCCCUCUCCUUGGCCAAAGCCUUUGGAUCUGGCCACAACAUGGUUGCCACCUCUCUUGAUACCCAAGAGAGUUUAGCAAGGAAGUACAGUAAUGGGAUUGAAAAUGUGAGGCAGCUGGAAGCCAGAUCAUGCUUGGUGUUGCAUGGAGUGGAUGCAACCCAGAUGAGCCAACACUUCUUUCUCAGGACCCAGAGGUUUGAUAGAAUCAUCUACAACUUCCCCCAUGUGGGUUUUCUCUAUAAAGAGGAUAGCUAUUGCCAGAUCCAGUUGAACAAGAGAUUGGUGAAGGGGUUUCUGAAGAAUGCUAAAACAUUGUUGAAAGAGGAAACAGGGGAGAUUCAUAUAAGCCACAAAAGUGGGGACCCUUACAACAAAUGGGACUUGGUGAGAAAGGCAGAGAAGAACGGUUUGGUUUUACUAGACAGUGUGCCAUUCUGCAAGGAUGACUAUCCGGGUUAUGUCAACAAGAGAGCCCAUGGCAGCUGCUCUGAUGAUACCUUCCAUUUAGGGGAUUGUACUACCUUCAAGUUCAGGCUUAAGAGUUUGAACUCAUAGGAAUAUAUGUACAUGUUGGAAUAAGGGUUCAUAAUAAAAAUCUGGACUCUAAUGCCAUGUUAUCUCCUUGUAAUUGCCUUAUAUGUAACCUCGUAUCUGCUAUGAAUCUAUGAUCCUCAAGGUUUAUUUGU